CUACAUCAAAAGGUUAUCAAAAAUAGGCAGAGUAAGGAGUGAAUUCAGCAUUUAUUUGCAUGCAGGAAGAUAAAAUUAAAAUCUAUUUAAAAUCUGAUAGAAAAUAGCUUUUUCUAAAUAACAAUAUUGAACGUCAUUAGAGGUUCACUCGACAAGAUGGCGUCGGGUGGGGAGAGGGCGCCCAGUUGGCCAGGUGCUGCCGCCGCGUCGAGUUCGGCGCUAUAGCUAACUAAAUAACACAGUGUUGUACAUUUAGAACGUUCACAAUGGCUACCGCGAAAGACACGUCUACUUUCUUUCUGGAGGCAGAUGCAAAAGAUUUUGACAGUGUUUUGAAGUUAUACCCACAAGCGUUAAAACUAAAGGCAGAACAGAAAACAAAGAAACCUGAGGAAUUGAUAAAAUUGGACAAUUGGUACCAAAAUGAGUUACCCAAAAAGAUAAAAUCCCGCGGGAAGGAUGCGCAUAUGAUACACGAAGAGCUGGUUCAGCUGAUGAAAUGGAAACAAGCGAGAGGGAAGUUUUAUCCACAAUUAUCGUAUCUCAUAAAAGUGAAUACACCUAGAGCGGUCAUGCAAGAGACGAAGAAGGCUUUCCGCAAACUGCCUAACAUAGAGUCAGCCAUGACCGCUCUCAGUAACCUGAAGGGUGUCGGGACAGCGACGGCGUCCGCGCUGCUGGCUGCGGCGAGCCCUGAAAUAGCACCUUUCAUGGCCGACGAAUGUUUACAAGCCAUCCCAGAAAUGGAAGGAAUCGACUAUACUGCCAAGGAAUACCUCAAUUUUGUAAAUCAUAUAAAGACCGUCUGUGAUAGGUUAAAUAAGGAACAAAACGGCUGUGGCAAGAAAUGGUCACCACAUAUGGUAGAGCUGGCAUUAUGGACACACAAUAUAGUAUCAGAUUUACAACCAGAACUGCUUGGGAAGAAACCUAGCCUCACCGCACCCCCCACCAAUGGCGGCUCUCCCCUCCCCAGCGACGAAAGCAAUUUGGAACCACCCACAAACGGAAAUGGCAAGCUAGGCCCAGACUCAGUGAAUGAAGACACGACGACGUCCUGUACAGAAGACUCAAUGGACGCGAAAGCAGCGUCCCCCGCCACCCCCGCCUCACCCUCAGACAACUCAGACUCCGCCUUCAGCACGCCGCGCGCCAAAAGACCAAUAGAAGAAGCGAGUUCCGCAGAAGAGAACUCACUUGGCGACUCGUCUGACGCGACAGUGGCGCCGCUCGCGAAGAAACUGCGGGAAGCCACGCACUGACAUCCCGACCCACCUACCAUCCCUCGUGCGUCUAUAAAUAGCUUUCUAGACUAAAAUAUUGUACCUAGGUAAUUUAUUUUCAAUUCCGAUUAAUUUUAACUUAGCAUUAAGUUUAAGAGUACCGGACGAUUUUGUAAGUUUUAUAGGGUAUUAAUAUUUUGGAUGCGUUUGGAUGGUGUUUGAAUUUAGGGCGCGCUCUAGGAGAGUAUGAGAUUGUACAAUAUUUCAAUGUGAGUGGCCCGCGAAGGGCCUAGUGUUAGUUUUUGUUUGUAAUAUUUUUUUUUAUGUUUGAACGGUCGCAUCCCGCGAGACAUUCCAAUAAUUUGUAAAGUUGGCGGCGAGGGUCGCCGCAAUGAGAUCCGGACCAGAUGCCUUGACGAGGCGGCAGGCUGCGUCUUAAUUAGUCAUCGAUUAAACUUUUGAAGCUCAACUACAGAAUAGAGAUCGUCUUGAAUUUAAGUCAUUGAAGAAUUUAAUCGUAGACAUGCGAUAAAUUUCGAUAUUGUGUUUGUAUUUGUUUUUUUAUUUUUCAUAGAUUUCGUAUUAUACGACUAUGUUCUUCAAACUAAUAUUUCCCACCCCGAUAUUCGGUCUCGAUGGCGUCUUAAGAGGCAGCCGCGGCCACACUCACACCAUUGCCUUAUGACACAGUCUGCGCGCAGAGUAUAUGCAACAAGAUAAUACAAAGGUCGUGUUACCCGGGCGCCGGGCACACGGGCCCACAAUGUAGUUUUUAUUGAACAAAUAUAAGAUAUUAAUUUUAUAA